AUGAGUGACAAAGAAAUAGCAUUCUAUGCUAAGAAAUUCAAGAAAAUGUUUGUUACUAGAAAUAAGAAGAAUCAGAGACAAGAGAAGAAAAAGUUUGAAAGAUACAAUAGAGACUCGAGUUCAAGGAACAAGGAGAUAAGCUCUAAGAAAUACACUAGUGCUAACAAAAACAAGAUGCAAUCAAAGAAAAUGGCCAAAGAAAGAGCUAAGAUUGCGUCCCUGAGUGAGAGUGAGUCAGAGUCAAGUGACUCAUCAAAGAACUCUUCUCCGAAAAGAAACAUCAACUACAUGACAUUCACUUCUACUAUUGGUGACAAAAUUCAAUGCAGUGAACAAAUGUCUAAUGAUGGGAGUAUAUCUAGAAAUGAAUCCGGGUAUGAAGAUUAG